CUAGGCCCUUAAGCGGGCUGUGCUCUAUUGGUUUUGACUUGGAAACUCCCAGAUUAACCCCUCCCUCACUCAAAACGCCCAAAUCGAUGGAACCCUAGGCCGAUCUCGCACUGGAUUCUGUUGAUUCCGACGACACCGAAGGUCGAGAUCACACCGCCGGCAUCUAUCAUAUUCGGUCCCCGGACAUCAUUAUCUGGACUUCUCUGUAAUCUGGCACAAUGGUUUCAUUUGAGAUGAAUGACCGGAAAAAGAUUGGGCUAGGGCUGACUGGAUUUGGGAUAUUCUUUUCAUUCCUUGGAAUCAUUUUCUUUUUCGACAAAGGCCUCCUAGCUAUUGGAAAUAUCCUCUUCAUUUCAGGAGUGAUGUUAACAAUUGGACUGAGAUCUACCAUGCAAUUUUUUACAAAACCUAAGAACUAUAAGGGUACAAUCUCAUUUGGAGCUGGUUUUUUCUUGGUUCUCAUUGGUUGGGCUGUCAUUGGGAUGAUCUUGGAAGCAUAUGGGUUCAUUAUACUAUUUAGCGGCUUUUGGCCUACGCUAUCAGUUUUCAUGCAGAGGAUUCCUAUUCUUGGCUGGUUGGUCCAGCAGCCUUUCAUUAAUAGGUUGUUUGAUCGUUACAGAAGCAAAAGAGUGCCCGUAUGAUCCAAAACUUCCUCUGGGGUCGAGACUUAGAACUUUGUUUCGCGUUUUCGACGGAGAGACCUCUUCUGUACAUGGAACGCUUCGAUAUCACGCGGUUCGAUUCCACAAUCCAGAUAUCAGCGUUUUGGUGCGUGUUGUCAUGACUGAUAUAGAUAGGAGAUAGUUGAGUUUUCAGCGUUUGUUGCUUGGUCGAGAAGUGUAGUAGUUAUGUACUCGCUAGAAUCUUUUAAGUUGUGAUUUUGGGGGGUCGGGGCAAAUUCGUCUUUUGACAGAGACCUGCUUGGCUUCUAAGGUUUUGACUCGGCGAGCUUCUUCAUACCUGAAUUUUCUAAAACAUCGCACCGGAAAUGAUUAAAUUUUGCCGUACAAAAUUACGUAACCAGUAUUCGUACA